AUGGAACAAGGAGCUGCCCAAAGGAAAAUGAUUUGGGAGAAUGCCAUCCGGAAGGAGACAACAAAGUCUCGCCCAGACCAGGUGCUACCGCUUGGACCAGAUGCCUUAAAAAGAUCAAGAUGCAACGCUCUGCCAUUUAUACAGAACGUCUACAGGAAGAACUGCGUUCCACUGCGGAUUGACAAUAAGUUUUGCUUUGGUCAGUGCCAUUCCUUUUACGUUCCCGGUUGGCCUUCCGGAUGGUCUCAGCCUUGUCUGUCGUGCGCCCCGAUCCGUUCCCGUCGGGUGUCUGUCCCCCUGCGCUGUCGCGGAGGGCAGGUGUGGUGGGAAGAGGUGGUUCUCGUAGAAGAAUGUGACUGUGAGACCCGCUAUGAUCAGCAGAUCAGUCGGGGUGGCAGUGGCGAGGGAUUUCUGCCAGUGUCCUAA